AUGUGUCUACCAGAGCGUCCAAUCUUCGUUCCUGAUGCCCAUGGUGCUCAUAUUGAUGGAGGCAACACUCGCACCGACGAUUGGGUCGGUCCGCUUGGAAAUAAUCCCCAAGUCUUUGGAUCUAGCACUCUUUCUGCCUAUAUGUUCUGGGAGGAGGCCACUAAAGACUCUCAUGUCUUGGUUUCCUUGGCCUGCAGCAGUGAUCCUGUUUACUUCUGCCUUGCUGCUCUUGAUUCAGAGACGCUCAAACCCAUUGCACAGUGGUCCGCUCCCAACCACCAUGCCGUCUCUAUCUACUGGCAGGUCGUCGACGGCCGUGUCACGAUCCCCACGCAGGAGGGCUUUAUCGUUGACCUCGAAUUCGUCAAGGGUACCGACGGAACCGGUUCUUUCAAUCUGGUCCGCGAGAUCGACCUCUCUAACAUCAUGACUCAGAAUUCAAUCAUCGCCAUCGUCGGCUACACUGGCGACGGAAACCUGUGGUUCUCUACCACCCCCGUACCGCUCCUUGGCCUCGAUGGUCCUAAUACCACGACUGUCGGCUACGUCCAGACGGACAACACAGUGCACACUAUCCUCCUCCAAGAUGAAAUCGUCGAGAACGGUAUGGCUAUCAACAAUAACGCCGUAUACCUUGUCACUGGUCCUGCUGGCAAGAAGAAUCAUGCUGAUGCGUCCGGUGGAUUUUAUGCCUUCCUCGCCGGUACCGACGGCAUCACCACCGCCUACAACGAGACUUACUCCGCCGGCAGCGGCAUGAAAGCCGGCGGUCUAUCCCGCGGCUCGGGCUCCACCGUCUCCCUGAUUGGCCAAAAGUACGUCGCCAUCACCGAUAACGCCGACACUCAGAUCAACCUCGUCGUAUAUCAUCAGGUGGAAGAGCUUCCCGAGGGAAAACCCGCUCAGGUCUGCUCACACCCUCUCUUCGAGCCGAAUGCCAGCGCAAACGAGGCGUGCCUGACCACCUACUCUGACGACAACAAGUACACCGCUGUGAUCCCGAACGGCUACAACUCGCCCUGGAGUUUCGGCGGCGAGAGCGAGAUCAACGGUCCGCAGAACAACCUAAGCGUUAUGGCCCCGGGUGCUACCCGCAUUGAUAUAUCUGACGACGGCACCUGCAGCUUCGUCUGGGAUCUCCCAGUGCGUGUGACCAUGUCGACGCUGUCUACCGGCUCUGGGUUAUUCUACAUAUAUACGCAGGACUAUGAGCUUGCUAAUCAAGGUGAAUAUGUGUGGUAUGUUGUGGCGUACGAGUUCCAGAGUGGGGAAGAGGUAUGGCGCGCGAAAAUGGGUUCUGGUGGCGUUUACAACACUGGUAUCUCGGCUAUUCAGUUGGGUCCGAAUGGUAGAAUCUACGAGGGUAUCGACGGGGGUGUUGCUUGGAUGCAGGAUUCUGCAUAG